UCCAUCGCUUAUAAGAGGAGAACCCCAAGUUAGCCAAGGCCAAGCAAAGCAACACAAACACACAUGCAUUCAUGCAUGCAAAUCGAAAUCAACCUAACUAGAUAGCUAGCUAUAUAGAUACAUUAUCUGCUGCAUAAUCAAUACGUUCGUCAGCGCGCAUCGUCGAGCAACUGACGAUGAGGGAGUUGAUUCGGCGGCUGAGCUUCUCGGACCGGGUGAGCGACGGCAGCGGCGGCGUGCCACGCGGGUGUGUGCCCCUGCUCGUGGUUGGCGACGGCGACGAGGAAAGUGAGCGGUUCGUGGUGCGGGUGGAGGCGCUGCGGCACCCGUCGCUGGCGGUGCUGCUGGAGAUGGCCGCGCAGGAGUUCGGGUACAAGCAGGAGGGCAUUCUCCGCGUCCCCUGCGCCGUCCACCAGUUCAAGCAGGCGCUCUCCACCGCCGGCGCCGUCUCCACCAAGUACUGAUUAGUUAAUUCUCUAGCAGAUCAAUUAGACAGACCCAUCGAUCGACUUCUUCGGAUAAUUAAGGAAUGAUUAUUCGGUGCUGUGGACCAGCUGACUCUCUUGAUCCACGCGCCUAUUGAUUUUCUUCCCUCUUUUGCCUUUUCAUAUCUUCGUUUGAGGAUGGCUGGGGGAUGAUUGUUGACAAGAGAGGAUGGCGCCUUGUAUUUUAAGUGUAGAGUCGUUAGACCUCAAAAAUAUCAAGUGGAAUAGUUGAUUCUUCAUGUCCAGAGUUCC